UACCAGACCACAUCUUCUGCUCUCCAAAUAAUCAGUACUAACAAUGUAUAGUAAUAAAUAAAUUAUAAAUCAAUCAUUUGAUUGUAAAUCUGCCCCUUGCGCAAGACCAACACUUCUGCAACGCUCGCACGUCGUGCAGGUUUAGUAUACCGGUGUCAGAUUUAAGGCGUUAUUCACUAUAAACUGUUUAAAAUUCUUUGGAAAAUUAUUUAUUUUAUAUUUUUCACUCUUCUUUUUCGAUUUUUAUAUUUAUUGGGUUUAUUCAGUAACUAAACAACCAUUAAACUUCUAAUUAUACUUCACUGUUUCCAAUUAAAUAACUUAUCCAAUUAAAUAAUCCUUAUUAUUUUUACAACUAAUUUUUAAUGUAAUGCCUAUUUUUAAUCUUUAUUAACCCGUCUAAAUCAACAGUUAGACACAAUACAUUUGGAUUUAUUCAAGCCAUUUGAUAAAGUUGAUCAUUGUCUCCUUAUCCGAAAAUUAAUCAUCCUUGGAAUGCAUGGUUCUCUUCUCAAAUGGUUUAGCUCCGAUUUGAAAGUUAGAAAUUUGUGAAACUGAAUUUAGUAACUUGUAAAAAAAAUAGUCCCAUCUGGUGUACCUCAGGGGUCGUUACUCGGCCCAUUUCUUUUCAAAGGUAGUUUUGAGAGCAUAAAUCAUCACAUCCCACACAUCAAACAUUUCUACAUAGUCUAAUUCUUCAACAAUUUGGCUUUCCUUUCCCUAAUUGUCUGCAUCGAAAUAAUCCUGAAAGGAUAAUCAGGCCGAACCAUUACCCAUCCUUUCACCUGAAAGAAGCCCCCUCAUAUAAAAAAUAUCUUUCUAUCCCGACUUCCUUCCCAACCCCUUCAAAAUCCAAUGUAUAUAAACAUAAAACAGGAGAAACAGCAAACAAACAACAUGGAAAACAAACACUUUGAUGGAUUGAUUGGAAGAAGUUGGUCCAUGUUGUUUGUGAGUGUCGGCUAUAACGUCUGCAUUUACGAUGUUGUGUCUGAGCAAGUGGAAGAGGCUAAAAAGUUCAUAAAAAAUGAGCUCGAAAACAUGGAAAAAAAUAAAAUCCUCAAAGGAAAAUUGUCAGCUGAGGAACAGUACAAUUUGAUAUCAGGUAAUUUGAGCCUGUCGGAAUGUCUUCAGGGAGCGAUUUACAUGCAAGAAUGCAUUCCGGAAAAUCUCGAGUUGAAGAUAAAACUCUAUGAAGAAAUUGAUAAAGUUGUCGGCGACAAGACGAUCAUAGCAAGCUCGACAUCGACAUUCGUACCUUCACUUUUUUCGGAAAAUUUAAAAAACCGUAAAAACAUCGUCGUCGCCCAUCCUGUCAAUCCUCCUUAUUUCGUCCCUCUCGUGGAAAUCGUUCCUGCUCCAUGGACUGAGCCGAGCGUUACGAAAAAAACCAAAGAGAUUAUGACCGAAAUCGGCCAAGCACCUGUAACACUAAACAGAGAAAUUCCUGGAUUUGCACUCAACAGAAUUCAGUAUGUUAUUCUCAAUGAAUGCUGGAACCUGAUCAAAGAAGGCAUCCUUAAUGUUGAAGAUGUCGACAAAGUAAUGUCUGAAGGGCUUGGAAUGAGAUAUGCUUUCCUCGGCCCUCUCGAAACCGCGCACCUCAAUGCUGAAGGUAUGGAAAACUAUUGUGCAAGAUACUGCAAUUCGAUGUACAAGGUUUGCCAGACGAUGUUGCCUGUGCCAAAAUUCGAAGGAGAACAAGUAAAACAAAUGGCCAAAGAACUGUGCGAAAAAGUUCCUUUGGAUAAGCUCAAAGAAAGAAGGGAGUGGAGGGAUAAUUGUCUAACUCAACUCUCAUCUUUAAAAAAUAAACUUCCAAAAUAGAAUAAUAUGGAAAAUUUUAAAAUUAAUAAAAUUCCAAUAAUGAAAA